GGUGCUACACCACGCCUAUAGAUGCCCAUUACGUGUGUUUGUUGACUCUUUGUCCUCUUCGGGAAUUGUACAUAUUAUUCUAACACCGCAUAUUUAUCGUUUCUAUUCUCUGUUCAAAAGACCUAGUCCUUAUAGAUUCGUUACUAACACAAGGCGCCAUAAUAUUUAAUCGGAAGGAACCGAGUGUUUAAUUGUGUGGGUCUUACGUGCGAAUAGCAUCGUCGAUCGUUGGGUAGACAUGGCGGAAACGGCACCCCUCCCACCGAACGAAUCUCUCCACCAGGCAGGUGGCGGCCAGUCAGGCGCCGCAGACAGCAGUAUCAAGGAACUCAAAUCGUCUACGCUGAAAUAUCUAGAGCAAGUUUACACCACACACGCCUCGGCCGUAGACAAGCAAUGGGACAAGGAGACGAUUGUCGAGUUCCUGCAUCACAGGCAAGCGGACAAGGUUACGGACCCGUCGUCGGCUGAAAUGGCCGCCAACGACGUACUCGAUCUAGCCGGCUUCUUACGCUACAUGACGUCCCCGGCGACCGACGCGCUGGCGCCCCCACUAGAUCAGGACCUGUCGUAUCCUCUGGCUAGCUACUACAUCAGUUCAAGUCACAAUACUUACCUAACAGGCAAUCAGUUGAGCAGCGACUCCGAUGCUGACGCAUAUCGCAACGUCUUGCUGCGCGGCUGUCGAUGCGUCGAGAUCGACGUUUGGAAUGGCGACGACUCCGACGUAGAGUCCUCCGAUAGCGGUUCCGAUAGUUCUCUGGAUGAAGAUGCGAAGGAAGUCAAGGCUAUUCGAAAAGCAAGCCGUAGGGAGAAGCUUGCCUCGAAGCUCCCCAGUUCGCUGGCUAGCAAGCUUGAGAAGACAUCGUUGGGCAAGCGGAUUACGGGGAAGGGCGCCACAGAAGCGAACUCUACGGCGAAAAGGGAGAAGGAAGCAGGAUCGACCGCUGAGAAGACGACCUCCGCUCCAAAGAAAUCACCAAGUCCGCCACCAGGUGUUGUCGAACCUAGAGUUCUGCACGGUUAUACCCUCACCAAGGAAAUCUCGUUUCGCGAGGUCUGCGUAGCCAUUCGGGAGAGCGCGUUCGUGGUGACAGAUUUGCCGCUCAUCGUCAGCUUGGAGGUGCACUGUGACCAGCAACAGCAGGAAGCCAUGGUCAAGAUCAUUAACGAGGUCUGGGCCGGUCUACUGUUGCCCCAUCCUGACGAUGAUUGCAAAUUCCUCCCCUCGCCGGCUGAUCUCCGUCACAAGAUUCUCGUGAAGGUGAAGUACGCACCACCUGAGGUUCACCUGCCGCAUGCUGGCAAAGAGUCUGUAGAGCAUCUCCCGCCAAAUGUAAAGACAGACCUAAAGGCCGAUCCGAAGUCUAAGGCUACCGCGCAACAGCAAGUCAAGAAAGCAUCAAAGAUCAUCCAAGCUCUGUCUGCACUGGGUGUGUACACGCGAGGUGUCUCGUUCAAGUCACUAUCACAACCAGAGGCCAGGAUGCCAUCACAUAUCUUCUCAUUGUCCGAAGGAGGUGUAGCCGAGGUACACGAAAGCGAGGCCGCGCGGCUAUUCGAGCAUAAUCGAGAGUAUUUAAUGCGAACAUAUCCUUCAGGCAUGCGUAUUGGCUCCUCGAACUUGGACCCCGAGACAUUCUGGCGAAAAGGCAUCCAAAUCGUCGCCCUGAACUGGCAAAAAUGGGACGAAGGAAUGAUGCUUAACGAAGGCAUGUUUGCCGGAACAGGAGGCUAUGUACUUAAGCCCGCGGGAUACCGCGGGAAGAAGCCAGUCGUCAUAGAGACCUCAGAAGGCGAUGAUAAGGAUAAGAAAGAGACGAAAGUGGCCCCAGUCCCCGCGACCGAGACAAUUCUGCACCAAACCCUUGAGCUCAACAUCACCGUCUUAGCGGCGCAGAACCUGCCUCUGCCCGAACACGACGACAAAGAAAGUGGGUUCAAGCCAUACGUCAAGAUCGAACUGCACACGGAGCCACCGCACGGCGAUCACAUAUCCUUAACCCACUCCAACGCAAACACGUCGAAAGCCUCAACUAGAGCUAAGGAAGGCGAAUACAAGGCCCGCACAAAGACACAGCGAGGAGUACAUCCAGACUUCAAGUCCGAGACACUGGAGGUGGCCAAGGGAGUAUCCGGCGUAGUUCCGGAGCUGGCGUUCGUGCGCUUCCUCGUCAAGGAUGACGAGAUCGGUCGCGACGACUUGGCCGCGUGGGCGUGCAUCCGGCUCGAUCGUCUCAAGAGCGGAUACCGGUUCGUACACCUCUUAGACAAGGAGGGGAAGCAGAGCGAGGGCGUGAUACUCGUCAAGGUCGAGAAGAAGCUUGCCUAGGGGGCGGUUUUCGAAUCGAGCGACGACGAAUCGGAAGAUGGGAAGAAGCAUCGUCAUUUUGAGGGUUGUAGGCCGUCGUAGCAUUUGAUAGCGGGAAGAAUGAGCUAGCAAGCGCGCAUAUGCAUAAUGUACUACUUGACUUUAGGCCGGAGGAAAUG